AUGAAAAUAGCUGACUUUUUCGAGGCUACUGCAAUAGUAGAAAAUCUAGUGUUGUAUGAUUCCCUUGAUAAAAUAAAACAAUUGUUGUCAUCAUCAGUAAUUGCAACUUUAGCUAUCCAAAUAAAUUUAUUGGAAGAUUCAGUUUCUACAGGCCUUUUAUUCUUAGUGGAGAAAGGGGCAAUGAAAAUAGCUGACUUUUUCGAGGCUACUGCAAUAGUAGAAAAUCUAGUGUUGUAUGAUUCCCUUGAUAAAAUAAAACAAUUGUUGUCAUCAUCAGUAAUUGCAACUUUAGCUAUCCAUGGUGCAGAAAAUAAACCAAACGAUAGUGCAGCUAGAAGAUCAUGUGAAUCAGCGACCAAGAAAAUAUUUUUAAAAAGAAAAAAUGAUAAAUCUUUAUCAACAACAACUUCAAGUAGUAGCAGCACUUAUAUAACUACACCUGUUAAUUGUAGUCCCGCUCACAGUAGACGGACUAGUACCAGCAGUAUUAAUAAUUCGACUAUCACUAGCACCACCACUAAUAGUAAUGAUUAUAAUAUUCAUACACUUGGUUCAUCCACAACACCUUCAACAGGAGAAAUGGUAGUUACAAGUGGGCAGCUAGUAUUAUCAACUAUAGAAAACAGCUUUAGUAAUUACUUACCAAUAAUUGGUAUAAUCUCUAGUUUAUGUGAAAGAAUUAUAAAAAGUUAUGAGACAGUCAAAGACAAUAAAAAAAUAUGUGGAGUAUUAAUUGAUAGGGUUGAAUUGACUCAUCUUGCAGUAAAACAAUUAGUUAGAGCCAAGGAGGAGAAUGAAGAAAACUUUAGGGAAGAGUCAUAUUUCAAAGCAUUUAAUAGAUUACAAAAAGUUUUAGAAAAUAUUGAAAACUUUAUUAAAAACAUGUCAAACUAUGGAGCAUUCAAGCAUUUUGUUAAUGCUGAACAUUGUAAAAAAUGUUUUGAAGAUUAUUGUGAUGAUUUAGAUAAAGUUUGUGCAGAUUUACAAUUUAAUAUAACAAUUAGGAUUUAUCAUAAUUUGGAAAAAAUGUGGGAGAUUUUUUAUGAAUCUUUUAAGAACGUAGGAACAUUAGAAACACAAGGAAAAUUAGUUUUAAUAGGAAAAUUAAAUAAAUCUAUGAAAACCAAUGAUUUUGAUUUUAAUCAAGAACUCUUAAAAAUACCAAAAAUCGAUACUAACGAAAUAGAGGAUGUGAAACCACAAGACAGAAAAUCAACAGAUAUAAGAGGAAAAGAUAAAAAUGUAGUUAAGAAAGUAUUAAAGCGAACAGUUGAUGUAGCAUGUAAAUAUAUUGUAGGGGAUUUAAAGGAUGUUAAUGAUGCUGAAACCAAGAAGAGCCAAUCUCCAUCACCACAAUAUGUGUCAGGAUUUUUUUAUAAGACUAUCGAUUAA